CUCGUGUGCGCCCAUUAACGUUUUUAGAGACUCGUGCUGUGACAAAAAGUGAUCGAAACUCGUGUGCGCCCAUUACACGUUUUUAGAGACUCGUGCUGUGACAAAAAGUGAUCGAAAGGAGGGCGACCGAAACUGUAAUAGACGGUUUUAGGGAUUUUGAAAUCGACUGUGGAGCCUUGAAGAAAUUCCAACGAAAGCCCAUCAAAUAAUCGAGCAAGAAAAUGCCUGUGAGAGUAGCUGAGGCUUCUUCUCCAUCACAAGUCUCAGGGACUUCGUCGGGGAACACUUUGCUGCAGCCUUGUACUCUUUUAAGUGUUGGGCAGUCUUUUUCGGGGACUCAAAACGUUUCGAGUUUACAGAAAGAUGAAGCAUGGAGAGUGAACGUACGAAUUCAAGGAUGUGAUCUUGAUCAUGGCUACCUUUGUGGCACAAUGGAAGCUCUUAAUGUUCCCAUGGCGGAUACACCUGUUGUUACUUUCUGGGAAGGGGAAAUUGUGGAUACUAAGAAUUAUACUUUCUUCACUGGGAAGUGGGGAGCAACGGUAGAUGAUGACGUGAAGCACUGGACACAGUUCCCCUCAUUCCCUCCUCUAUUGAGCCAAGUGGAAGCUGAUGGAGGAAAAUCCCUGGACUUAAGUAACUAUCCUUAUAUAUUUAUGAGGUGGAAAGAGCAGUACUUUGUGAACGUCGGGACAGACUGUGGGCUGACAAUUGCGGGCUUUUACUACGUUUGCUUCUCGUGUAGUGAUGGAUCCAUUAAUGGCUUCUAUUAUGAUCCUAAUAGCAGCCCCUUUCAAAAGCUGGAACUAAAAUCGACUAACGAUGGACGGUCGGGAUUCAGCUUCUCAACUUACGAGCUGCAGUAAAAUUUGAUGCCGUUUAUGAAGGCUUUUUGCUAAGCCUAGGCAGGCUAGGGAUCGAGCUGUGGGCAAACUUGUGGGAUAUUGGAGUAUGGAGUAUUUAUUAGCCUUUGUUUUUAAACACUUUCCUCAAUAUUCCAAGCUUCAUAUACCCUAUAGUAUUUUACUUUCACAAAACCAUAUAUGGAUGCAUUGAUGGUCUAAUGGGCUACGAAUCGAUUGCCGAUCUAUCGUAUAUUUUAGGGGAAAAAAAAUAUAUUUA